GACAAGUUAGUUUUUGUGUUUAUAUUCAUUUAUUGAAAACAGCAAGUGGGAGCGAAAAAAAAAGUUAACGAUUAAAACAAGGGAGAUGGAUCAGGAUGUGGCCGAAGCACUAGUAUCCACAUGGGAGUCUUUGAAUCUCGUGAUACCCCAUGAACUCUGGGUCAUGACUGCCAAUGCUUUACGAGACGACUCUAUAACGAUAAAAUACACUUUCGAUUCAGUAAUCAGAGACCCACUAUCGUUAUUCAAUUGUGACAAGCGCGUAUUUCGAUCAGAAACGCUUCUUCCGGUGUGGCUACACUAUUUAGGCUGUGUACGGAUAUGUUCGAAACAUCGUGUUUGGAAACGAUUUCAUACCCAAAGAAAUUCACAGAUGAACACUCGUAAUGUGAUGGCACUUAUCAACGGACAAGAUAGUGCCAUGAUACAAUCCCUCUUGGAGUGUUGCAUGCCAACUGAAGCCGAUAAAAAAUCACCUGAAACGUUAAAGGUCGCCCAACGUCUCGUUUGUCAAUUUGUACACGGCCUGUUCAUCGAUGGCGACCGUGAAAUGCUUCUGGCCAAAAUACUUCAUUUCCAAACGUAUGCUGUCGAACUCUUGCCGGUGGUCGUCGAAUUCAUUCCCUCCUUAUACGCUGUAUUCAAUUUCAUUCCUGAGCUGUUACGACAACCACAACCUGAAAAACAAGUAUUUGCAAUCCUUCUUGCAUGUCAUUUAUGCGAAAAAUAUCCUCUGGAGAAUUACUUGAAAACAGCCGAACAUCAUGUUCUACCACGCUUAUUAAAGAUCGCAUUUCCAGCUGUUCCUCCUUCACCCACAUGCACCCCAUCCGAAUACUUGGUCCAAGCGAUCCCUGGAUUCGUUCAUUUAGCAAAAGCAUAUCCGCAUUUUGGUCCAAAGAUCUUACAAGCAUUUGAUGAAAUUGCGCGAGGUCUUCCAGCUCCACAAGAAUUCAUAGGUCAGGAAGGAAAUAGCAAAAUUAUUCUGGUAUUGCGGUUGCAUCAAGUACUGAGCUCUUCACGGGAUCAAGUUCAGUACGAAGUGGAUCACAACAUGAAACGUACGGAUACUUAAAAGAUUAAUAGUAAAAAAACCAUGCAUGUGAUCAGUGAAUACCAUUUAUUCCUUCCAACAAGAAUACUAAACGCUUGCCGUCUGUCUCAAACAACUUGUCUUUUCUGCUAUGAACGG